AUGUCACCCUCCAACCAUUUGAGACAAGCAAGAAUGCUUCUACAUACAGUCGUGAUACUUGGCGACGGUGGUGUUGGCAAGACUGCCAUCACUAAUCAAUUCGUCGUGCAGUAUUACGUCGAAACUUAUGAUCCCACUGGCGGUGAUGAUUACAGGAAGCAGAUCGUUGUAGACGGCACACCGUGCAUAGUAGAGGUCUUGGACACCGCCGGUCAGGACGAGUACGUAGCCUUGAGAGACCAAUGGAUCCGACAAGGGGAUGCUUUCCUCCUCGCCUUCAGCAUUACGUCCAGGAACUCGUUCACAAGUGUCAGAAAAUAUUACCAGCAGAUCCAAAACAUCAAAAAGUCAAAAGUGCCACUCAUAUUGGUGGGAAAUAAAUGCGAUCUAUCAUCUACAGACCGUGAGGUCUCUUCUGAGGAAGCGGAGGCGUUAGCCAAAGAGUUCAACUGUACGUUUAUUGAGACCUCAGCGAAGACAACCCACAACAUCGACGAGACCUUUCACAGCCUGGUUAGAUUGCACCGGGAGCAUAAGGCAGAGCAAGAGCAGAAGGCUGCGGAGGCAGCAACAGUUGAAGCUCAGAGAAAAGGGGCUUCCCAGACUGACAGCGGCGGAGUGAAGAAGGCUGGGUGGAGAAAACGUCUUUCGGGCUUCAUCAAGUCUCUUGAUAAAAACAAAGGAGGCUGA